GGAAAUGGCACUGUUAGCUUGACUUGCUAAGUCCCGAAACAAAAACGUUUUUAAUUUUGUUCAACCAGGUGUGUAAUUGGUGUCGCUCUGCAGUCUCCGUCAGGAUAUCGCUUUUACAUGUUUGUUUUUAACCACUGUGAUUGUUUCUUACCAAAGGUUGCAGUAUAGAAUGUAAAUAGCCUUCAUUAGCAAAGUGACUGAACUGUCAGCCUCCGUGGAGCUAAAGCAGCAGAGUGCUAACAGCAAAAGGUGUUUUCAACGUUAAAGCUUUUGAAAGUUCAUGGUUUAGAGCUACAAGACGAGUCCACACUCCGUGUUUGUGUGACUGUGCGGGAAGACAACAGCUUUUGUGGACACUUCCUCUUCAUUGUUCAGCUGAGGACCGUGAGGCUGGGGGCAGUUAUAGAGUGGACACAGAACUUUUGACCAAGGGAUCAGACUGCAGCAUCGCUUCAGUGUCUAAUACGGUUUACAUUGAACUUUAUUUGAUUAGAUGCUGCUGUGUGUCUGAUUCCAGUUUCAGGCAGAGAAAAGACAAGAGAAAGGUUAUAUGGGUGAAACCCUGACCUACUAGAAAAUGUGAAGGUUGCAAACGAGUCUUGUGAAAAGAGGUGAUCCUAAGUGCAGGAUGUCAGAGAUGAUGAAGGUUGAAGCAGACGAUCCCGGAGGGUUCAAUUUGGUGCCCCCCACACUUCCAGCAUCCACAUCAGAACUGGAGCAGAGACAAGACAGCAAAGAGCUCAGCCAUCAGAUGUUGGUGAUUAAAGAAGAGGUUCCCCAUUACUGGAGCUCCAGGUUGGACCAGCAGGAGCCAGAACCCCCCCACAUAAGGGAGGAAGAUGAGGAACUGUGGAUCCCACAGGAGAAAGAGCAGCUUCCUGAGAAAAUUAAGGAUGAAGAGAAACCUCCGUUAUCAGAGCUUUAUCACAUCAAGACUGAAGACAACAAGGAGACAGAAGCUCCAACCAGCAGUUCAGCUGUACCUGUUGGAGAGGACUAUGAAGGACCAGAACCAGAUAGGAACCCAGGCUCAGUGUCAUCCUCACACAGUAACAUGACAGUUCACAAAAUGGGUAAAACAUCCAAACUCUGUUCUAACCUUGCUCAGACUGCAGUACAGGCUGAAGAGAAACCAUUUGGUUGCAAUCUUUGUGGCAAAAGAUUUAAGCAAAAGAAUUCUGUUAAAUUACACAUGAUGAUUCACAGUGGAAAGAGAGAUCAUAGUUGUGAUCUCUGCGGGAAAGGAUUUUUAGAAAAGCGUUCUCUUCAGACACACAUGAGAGUCCACACUGGGGAGACGCCAUUUUCCUGUGAUGUUUGUGGUUCAGGAUAUACACUAAAGGCAACUCUGAAAAAUCACAUGAGCAUCCACACCACAGAAAAAACACAUGUUUGCACUGUUUGUAGUAAAGAGUUUUCACAACAAUACAAUCUAAAGAAGCACAUGCAUGUUCACACAGGAGAGAAACCAUUUAUUUGUGGUGUUUGUAGCAAAGGAUUUUCAUAUUCAUACAGUUUGCACCGUCACAUGCAAGUUCACACAGGAGAGAAACUGUUUAUUUGUUCUGUUUGUAGCAAAGGAUUUUCAUAUUCACACAAUUUAAAGUGUCACAUGCAAGUUCACACAGGAGAGAAACCAUUUAUUUGUGGUGUUUGUAGUAAAGGAUUUUCACAGAAGGUUAAGCUAACGAAACACAUGCGCGUUCACACCGGUGAGAAACCAUUUGUUUGUAGUGUUUGUAGUAAAAGAUUUGCACAGCAAUGGAGUCUAAAGAGACACAUUUGCGUUCAUACAGGAGAGAGACCGUAUAUUUGCAGUGUCUGUAGUAAACGAUUUUUACAACAUUUGGAUCUGAAAAGACAUAUGCGUGUUCACCUGAGAGAGAAACCAGUUGUCAGGGAAUCAUUUUGACAGCAUACAAAUCUGAAGCAACAGUGAUAUCCACAAGAUGAAUAAACAGAUUAUUAUUUUUGGUGGUCGACUAAUCUUUUAAUAAUUUUCAAAUAGUUUUAUUGCCUAUCUGCUUGCUUUCCUCUUUUUUUAAGGGUUUUGUGGCACUAGUGGCUAAGGCUGUCACCAUAACAUAUUUUUCUGGACAAUAAAUUGUCCCAGACAUUAUUGCGAUAAGCAAUAAUAUUGUCGUUGGAAACCAUUUUCAACUAAUAUAAUGAGAACAGCAUAAUAAUGCAAGUAGCUACACCAUCUUAAAGAUCAAUGAACUUCAAUUUCUAAAGAUCAUUUAACACUGGAGCUGGAAGACAUUUUAAAUAUCCAAAAUAAAUAAAACAACCAAAAACUAAAUAUUAAAUGAAUUAUGAAGUCUCUGUAAACAAAAUUGCCCUUCAAAAAAUAUUAAUCAUUAGACUCAGACAGGGAAAACAGGCCAAAAUGCUAGUUUUGUAAACAAAAAAUGCAAACUAACAACAAAAGUGCGGCAUAUAAAUAAGACCCUCAACAGGGCAUAUUGGAAUGUGUGGUUAUUUUAGUCUGGCAGAUUAAAUGAUUAAGUGCUUCAGUGAUUGUGUUCUCCUCACGGGGCUCUCAUGUAACACUCUGAGGUACGUAACAAGACCAUGCGCCUGCAAGUACCCCCAUACGCAAAGGAAACGAGAAGGGGAAAACCUUUUGUCAUCCAGUCUCUUUAGUAGAAAGAGGGGGAGACACAAAGAAAACAAGCAUGCAAGCAGUAAUUAUCGAGCUCAUUUUAAUUUAUGCAAUUAUUUUAAUCCAUGCGAUUAACUGAUUUAUUGCUUAUUGUGACAGGCCUACCAGUGGCCUUUAUUUGUAAUAUUUAGACUGGAAAUGGGAAGUGAGAAGGCGGGACAAAGGUCAACAAAAGUCCCAGGGUUGGGAACCAAACCCCGUGCGCAUUAAGGACUAACAGCUUUCGUAAAUGGUGCGCACACUCUACCUCUAAGGCACGUGCCGCUCCUCCCUGUUUGCUAUCUGUGGCCACAGCUUCUCAUCUCAGUAAUAGCACUAAAGAUUUGUCGUUAAGUACAGCUUCGACAGCUUGUAUUGACUCGAUUAUUUUUCAUUCAGAAGGCAAAUUUCUCUGCUUUUUGUAAAUGACUCAUUAUAGGUUGGAAUUUUGGAAUGAUCGUUUUCAGAGAAGUUGACUGCACUUUAGUCUUUACAUCUGUUAUCUCACAGCUGUCUGUUGACCCGUUUCCGCUAGUCCCUACUCGGAGCGCUUCGGCUAGUAACUGUUGCUGGAACCGUUUUUAUUUUUAGUACCUUUGCAUGUGGUUCUAACAGGGCCGAGUCCUGUUGAAAACACGACGGCAGAAGACUGUCUGUCACUGAUUGGGUAGGGGACGAUGUCACUAGUCACGGCAUAAUUUAAUAACUAAUAUCUUCAACUGUUAAAUCAUUGUAUGCUGGGUUUAUUGUGAAUGUGACCACUAAAGCAAGCUACCAUUAGCUUACACUCACGCACCCUCUAGCUUGUACUGUUCAGUUUGAUACCGCUCCAUGGCUUCCCUCUCUCUCCUCUAUUUGCUCUGGCUCUCUUCUUUCACUCUGAGCCUGACAACAGCCAUAGACUGAGUAGCAGGUCCUCCAUUGUUGUGUCACAUACAAAUCACAUCAAAUGACUUUUUCAGACUGAGGCCGCAUUGCUGUUGAUGAUUCUGUUCACAUUGAGAUGGUUUGGUAGAGUUGGUACUAAUGGAAAAGGACCAUGUGUUGGAACUUUAUUGUAGACUGUUAUAUUUUAUGGUUGGGAUAUGGGGUGGCUGGAGGUCUCUACGUGAUAAACCCGUUUCUAUCUUUGACUUGUAUUGAGAGCGAUGUGAAUAGACGUUCCUUUAUGAACAUUUUUUAUAUCUGUUUAGUCAUGUUGUAGCGCCAGUGUUGGAGGCAGUUACUCUUGAUGCUUUUUCAGCUUUGUUAAUUGAUGUUCAGUCAGUGGGGACUCGAACAUCUUUAUUAAAGAAAAGCAAAAAUGCAGAGAGAUGAAACUGAAACUUGAAUGUUUAGUCCUCAACAUGAUUCUUUCAGCAUGAAGGAAUUUCAUUAUUUAAUAUUUUUGUUUUCUGUACGCCCCCUGUAUUGUUUUCUUUCUUUAUGAACUACAAAAAUGUGAUUAAAAAAAACUUUUCUCACACUAAAA